GAUUUUGGAUAGUUCACCAAAAAAAAUUUUAAGCAAGCAUGUGAUUUUGCUUUGUUAGGGGGUUUACAUCACUCGGCUCUUUAAAACUCCGCAAAAUCCGCUAGUUUGUCGGUUGUAGGACUGGAGCAGAUUUCAUAUUUAUUGUCAUUCUGCUUGAAUUUUAUCUCGUCAUCGUUCUUCUAUGGCUUUUUUUUCCUUCGUUUUCAGUGUGUUUCGCUAAUCUCCUUUUCUGGUCAUUCUCAAUAUCCCAUUCUUCUCUUAUCUUUUGUUGGGCUGAAUCUAUCUUCUGCGUUUCUUGUGUUUUUUCUUUCUUCCUGAACUAUAUAUUUCAGAUUUCUAAGAAGAAAUUUCUAUCUGGUUUCCGGUCAAAACCCUAUCUUUUACCUUCUCAUUUCCGCAUCGUACAUUGUAAGAUCUGGCCCUGCUUAUCAGUCCACUCACUACCCAGAAUAGUUGAAGCGAUUUUUUACAUAGUUGUCGUCCCAUUUCUGCAAUGGGAAAUUGGUUGGGUUGUUUUCCGAGUAAAGGAUUCAGUGAGGGCCAUGGAUCUCGGGGAAAGAGGAGCUCGCGCUCAGUGAGAAAAAUACCAGCAGAAGAUGAUUUGUUGCACCGUCAUGCUCUUGUGAUGGCAAUGCAGCAGCACCAGCUGUCACAGAGGUUUGAUGGUUCCAUGUCGAGACGGAUCGGGUCCACGAGCUCUCGCAAGCACACUCCUUCUACUUCUUUCAGAAAGCAGGUACCCUUUAUUCUUGGAAAUCUUGAAACAAAGAAGAUUAUUCUGGUCCACGGGGAAGGGUUUGGAGCCUGGUGUUGGUAUAAGAUUGUACCCUUUCUGGAGGAAGCUGGACUUCAUUCGGUUACUCUGGAUCUGGCUGCAUCUGGUAUAGACAACACAGAUAUAAAUAGUAUAAAGACUUUGGCAGAUUAUUCAAAACCUCUUAUUGAUUACUUGCAUAACCUUCCUGAGGAUGAAAAGGUUAUUUUGGUAGGUCAUAGCUGUGGUGGUGCAAGUGUGUCAUAUGCUCUUGAAUGUUGCCCAAAAAAAAUCACAAAAGCAAUCUUCCUUACUGGGACAAUGGUAUUGGAUGGGCAAAGGCCUUUUGAUGUGUUUGCCGAGGAACUAGCAUCAGCUGAAGUUUUUAUGCAAGAUUCUCAAUUUCUACUGUAUGCUAAUGGAAAGGACAAACCUCCUACUGGACUCAUGUUUGAUAAAGAGCAACUCAAGGGACUUUAUUUCAACCAGAGUUCUUCCAAGGACAUUGCUUUGGCGUUGGUUUCCAUGAGACCCAUUCCAAUCGCACCGAUCUUGGAGAGGCUCUCCCUCACCAAAGACAACUACGGUUCUGUCCGACGAUACUUCGUACAGACGCUGGAUGACCACAUGCUUUCACCGGACGUCCAGGAGAAGAUGCUGCGAGAGAAUCCACCACAUAAGGUGUUCAAGAUCAAAGGCAGCGAUCACUGCCCUUUCUUCUCGAAGCCACAGUCGCUUGGCAAGAUUCUGCUUGAGAUUGCUCAGCUUACGUAACGUAUAGCAUUUAUGUGCAAGAGAGCAAAGAUUAGCAUCACUGAGAAGAAAUAGUUGCAAUGGUGGUCAGAAAUCAGGUGAGGAGCUUCCAUGGUAAGUAGGAGUUAUCAAAUUAGGCUUCGUUUGAGACUGCUUUCUUACUGCUUCUUAAAGCAAAUGUUUAGCAGAAUUUUUUAUUUUGUUGUAGAAAGCUGCUUUAGAAAGUAGUAAAAAAGCUGUCCCAAAAGAAGUCUUAGAUGGAGAUCAUGUGUCAAGCCCAUACAACGCAGUGUAGGCGAUAUGGAUGGAUAGGAAAGAGUUGAUCUUAGAUUAGGAACUAUACAUUUUUUGGGAUUUGCAGUUCUGAUUGUUUGCUAUGCAGGGAAAAUUAUCCAGGUAUAUAAGCUGCUGUAGUUUUAACCAGCUGCUUAAGGGAUGUUAAUAGGCAAAUUAUUACUGAUUUUCUGACCUCUGAAUUGGACUCUUUACCUUCAUAGUAAAAGCCUAAUAGCAUUCA